AUGCAGCGCUGAUGUGUUUCUCUUUUAUCAGCAGAGGAUGUUUUCAGGCACUUAUCGCUGUGGGAACGAGCGCUUCGUGGGCAGCAUACCUGCUGCUGUGCCAACGAAUCAGGCGAAUGAUUUCUGCAAAGAGAGCGAGCAUCUUUAUGCAACAUCAAACUGCCAAAACGUUAACGCUAGCAAACUGAUAGCAGCAUCCUAUUUUUUUUUUUUUAAAAAAGAAAGCUUCUAAACCUAUUUGAAGCACCCGUUUCCCCCAGCGCCCCGUCCCCAUACCGACCACAAGCAGCGGGGUGCAGUCCCCUGUUCCCCUGGCACACGACACACGUGGCUCGGCUUCCGCUUUCAUUUGCGCAUGCGCACCCGCUGGGGAAAUGGAGGCGGGGAUUGCGUACGCAGAGGCCGCCCGGCCGCAGGGGCCGCUGGGAGCGCGGCGCCGAGUUGAGUUUUCCCGCCGCCGCUGAGGGGAGCGCAGCGCGUGCCAUGUCCCAGACCGACCCCGAGCUGCUCCUGCGGGAGCUGGGCGGCUGGGACUGGGAGCUCUGCCGCCGGGAGCUGCCCGUCGUCCUGCCCCGGCUCCUCUCUGUGUAUCAAGAGUCUGAAGACUGGACUGAGCACAUCCGUGUUUUGAGGAUCCUGACUGAAAUGUUUUUGCCUCAUAUCAGCCUUGCAGAUUUGGAACAAACAUUUUUCUCUAAAGUGUUACCUAAGACUCUACAGUUAUAUGAUAAAUUGAUGUAUGAACUAUCCAGUGAAGCCAAAGGAUUAACUGGCCAGAAUGCAGAGUUACGCAGUACUGUAAGGAAUCUUUUACAGACUAUAGUGCAACUCUUGGAAACUCUAACUGGUUGCGUACGGUAUGUCUGCACACUACAAGAGUGCGUGCCCUUGGGGAGUAUCCGCACCCUUCCGUCUUCUGUUCUUUACGUAAUAAAGAACACAUUUACACACUGCAAGGAUAGUGAAUCUGUAUACUGUGGGCAUCUGCAAUUGAUUUCUGACCUCCUGCAAGCUGUGUUCAAGGAAACUUACUCUCUUCAGAAACAGCUGAUGGAACUAUUUGAUCAGAUUUCUGUGGGGUCUGCAUCUGCUGAAGAUGACAUCACAGAUAUGGUGUCAGUAAUUCACACUGUGCUGGAGAUCUGCUCCGUCAUUUCCAAUAUGGACCACGCUCUUCAUGCCAAUACGUGGAAGUUCAUAAUCAAGCAAAGCCUGAAGCACCACUCUCUGCUGCAGUGCCAUCUGAAACACAGUGACAUCCUCAGUGGUCUGUGCAAAGAUACACUGCUUUCUUUUCACUCCAGUUUACAACUAGCUGAGGAAAUGAAGAUGUCUGAAAUUCAGGAUGGCACUGACCUCAGGCUAUUCCAGAAGACUGUCAAACUGUGCAGAUUCUUUGCCAAUUCCCUGGUAUACUACACCAAGGAAUUUCUUUCUUUCCUGUCUGAUUUAUGCUCGGAGUUGCAUCAGCUGUUUCUUCAGAUAUACAGCAAAUUUCCUCCCAGUCUUUAUGCUCCAGUGAUCUCAGAGGCACAUCGAGAUGAAAUAUCACGGGUUUUUCUUGUGGCUCUAGAUCCUCUCAUCAGUCAGCUUCUUCCCUUUAGCCCUUUUAUGGAGCAAGUGCUAAGGGACAGUUCAGGUCUUCCUGCUGAGCAGCAGCUGCCCCAGUGUCUCCUCCUGAUUAGCAUCAUGGACAAGCUGUCUUCUCAGCCUGAAGAAGUGCAGACUCUCUGGAACACAGGAAAACGCCUGUGUUUUCUCUCAGCUCUUUUCCAGAGUUUCCAGCAAUGUUCUGCCGAGCUUUCUCUCCCUGUUUGUUUGCCAGAGGUGAUCAGUACAGGACAGCCAGCAGUUCCCAUCACCCUGUACCACUAUGUCUGCGUCCACCUGUGCUCCUUCAUUGCUUCCACUCUCCCAUCACAGUUUCCUCAUCUGGAGUAUGCUUUGCUGGAUGCUGUGCUGGGUUCUAGUAUGAUCACAUCUCUGCUGGCAAUGGACUCAUGGUGCUUCCUUGCCCGGUAUGGAACAGCUGAACUGUGUGCUCACCACUGUAUUGUGAUUGCUCACUUGAUAAAGUCAUGGCCCAGUGAGUGUUAUCAGGUCUCUGUCUUGGGUGUUCUGCUGAAGCGCAUGCUGUUCUUGAUGGCUCCAGAUCAUCAGGUGGAAUUUGCUCACAAAUUUCUUCCAGAAGAAGUGGAGAACUUGGCUGUGUGGCAGCAUGUGUCCCUCAGAGCCCUGAAUCCUGACCUGGGGAAGCGAGUGGCACGUGAGCUCUGCGUGGCAGGGCUGGCGCAGUGCAGGCGGUGGCUGAACAGCAGGCGUGCUUGUGGAGAGCUCCAAGCUGUGAAUGUUGCCCUUUCUGUCUUGCUGGUUGCCUGCAAUUUUUCUGGUGAUGCUUUGGAGGCAGAACUUCAGGCAUCUAUUUUGGGAGUGCUUGGUCAGUUCUGGACUUCUCUUCAGGCUAAGCAGGUCUCAGAUGAACCAUGUCUCCAGCAAACACUGUGUUUAUUACUUCAUCUUUUGGAAUUUUUCAUCCAGGCAUUAGAUGCUCAACUGAUUAGCCAGGUAUUUUCACUGCAGUCUUCCCUUCUCCGCUUGGAUCCCCCCGACCAUGUUCGUCUAGCAAUGCUGGAUUUUCUCUCUUCUGUGGGGAAGGUGUUUAUACCACAAGAAGUACAGAGGCAAGUUGUACCCCAGUUGUCGUGUUUGUUUGCAUCUCUGCUAGCUGACCGUGCCUGGUUGAUUCAUCAGCGCGCGUUGGAGGCGUUCAGACGUUUUGCAGAGGAAACUGUCCAUGAAGAUGUUGUUCCUCAGUGCCUUGAUUCUGAAGAAAUUAAGAAUAAAGUUGUUAAUUUUAUGGCUAAGGUAAGGCAAGGUGAAGAGACAACAGAAGCACGUAUAGAACGCCUGAAACAAGAAAGGAUUACCUGUGGUGUGCAUUUCAUGAAAAUGGCUAGAGAACUGGAGUCAACAGGAGAGCCUCUGGCAAAACGAGCGUGUCACCCGCCGUCUGAGGAGCAGUACAAGUCAGCAGUAGGCACAAUGGAGGGGGCAGUGGAGGCUGUGAAGCUGCUGCUGCAGAAAGGGUCACCCCCUGCAUGGGUUGCGGCGAAACUGGAGGCUCUCCAUACAGCCAUAGCCAUCCUCAGAGACAGCGUACGGUAAGGUGCUAACGGGGUUUUAGAGAUGCUGAAACAUUUCAGUUCUCUGUUGUGAGGGAACUGAUGCCUCUGUUUGUACCGUGGCUGCUGGAGAAGAAAAAACUGUGACACGAGGUGAUGCUCUGCUCUACUGCUAAGUCUUGGUUAAUGUCCCCAAAUGAACUGAGGCCCAUCUUUCAUAGUAACUGUCGGGAUGAGCGGUAUAUUCUAAUGGACACUGCUGUGCGUCUGAGCUGUCCUUCUGUACACUGCCACUGUACAGCUUACUCAUUUUAAGCUCCUGUGUGAUGACAAACGUUUAAUGAAAUUGUAUUUUGAAUAUUGAUACGUUUGAAUCUGUUGUGAAAGUAACAGUUACAGUUGUUCCUGCCACACAUGGGGUGAGCAGUAGCUGGCGUUUUACAUUCAUUUUGAAAUACACUUUAAAAUAACAA